GAGCUACCCCCCUCUCUACCCCACUCUUGCUUGACUGCUACACUACAAAGAACAAUGAUGGCCACUCGCUCCCUCCUCCAGACUGUCGCUCAGAACCCCGUUGCUCGUUCUGCUCUUUUUAGAAACACUGCGGUCACUUCUAUGAGUGUCAGACGUUUCAACGCUUCCCCUGCCAACAAGGAGCAGUGUGCCGCUGCCGAAUCCGAGAUUUUGCGUCAGCAGCGCAAGGUUCGCCCCGUAUCUCCUCACUUGGAGAUCUAUCAGCCUCAAAUUACCUGGUACUUGUCUGGUCUUCAUCGUAUUACUGGUGCCGCUAUCGGUGGUGGCUUUUACUUGGGUGCUCUUGGAUACUUGGCUGCCCCCGCUCUUGGUUACCCUAUUGAUGCUGCCACUGUUGUCUCUGCUGCUGCUUCUGCCCCUGUUGCCUUGAAGGUCCUUGCCAAGGGCACCAUUGCAUUCCCCUUUGUUUUCCACAGCUUGAACGGUAUCAGACAUUUGGCCUGGGAUGUUACAAAGUUCAUUGAUAUCAAGAGCGUUUACACCACCGGUUACGCUGUUCUUGCUGGAACUGCUGUCGGAACUGCUUACUUGGCCUCCUUGUAAAUCACAUAAAAUUAAAUAAAAUGUGCUGUUGCUGUUGUUGCUGUUGCUGUCUUUCUUUCUCUAUUGGAUAUAAUAUUGUAUUAAUCAUUCAGAGGCAUACAGAAGAAUAUUUUUCAUAGGCACAACCUUUAUCUUUUUGCUGUAUGGAAAAGAGGAAAUAUUCGACACAAUUGUCUUUCGGUUAAUGGGUGGAUUCCGUUUGUUGAAAGAGGGGUGGUCCCCCAUGUCGGACGUUGGAUUGGAAAGAAUAGAAUUAUGCAUUUAACCAACCAAGAAUUAAAACACACUGUCAACCCAUG